UCGAGUGUGACCCACAUUUAUCUGUUUGAGACAUGGAAAACAAGGAGAGGGAACUUAGCAGUUUUCCCCUGCCGCCGAUCUAUCGCUCAAAGCUUGUUGCUGCUGGCUUUAUCACAGUGGGUGACAUAAAAGAUGUCAGACCAGUGGAACUUAGUAAAGAGUUAUCAAUAUCCAAAGAAGCAGCCCUGGAUAUUCUGCAGACUAUUGAAAAUCAUUCCUCAACAAAACCUGGCAGUGGACAUUCAUCCAGUUGCUCUCAAGCACGAACAGCAUUAGAUAUGCUGAGAGAUGAGAGCCUGCAGCAGUACAUUAUCACAUUCUCAGAGAGGCUAGAUGACAUGUUGGGGGGCGGGGUCCCACUGACCAAGACAACCGAGUUCUGUGGGGCACCUGGUAUUGGGAAAACACAGAUGAGUUUUCAACUCUCAGUUGAUGUACAGAUUCCAGAGUGUUUUGGGGGUCUAGGGGGAGAGGCGGUUUAUAUAGACACAGAGGGAAGCUUUAUAGUAGACAGACUAAUAGAUGUUGCCAAGGCUACAGUCGAACACUGCCAGCACAUUGCAGCAGCAGAGAAUAGUGCAGAACAAGUUGGAGCCUUGAAGACUUUUUCUGUGGAGUCCAUAUUAAAAGGAAUCCAUUACUACAGAUGCCAUAAUUAUGUAGAGCUCAUUGCCACAGUGCAUCUUCUUCCAGAAUUUUUAAAGGAACACUCGCAGGUCAAGCUCAUAAUUGUAGACAGCAUAGCUUUUCAUUUCCGGCAUGACUUUGACGAUCUUGCUCUAAGAACCAGGCUACUUAAUGGAAUGUCUCAGAGUUUCAUUCGGUUGGCAAAUGAACACACUUUAGCUGUGGUGCUGACCAACCAGAUGACCACCCGUUUCAGUGUUGACCAACAAGGACAGUCGUACCUGAUUCCGGCCCUGGGUGAGAGCUGGGGGCAUGCCAGUACAGUCAGGGUGGUCCUGUACUGGGAAAACAGCCAGAGAUGGGCCAAAUUAUACAAGUCGCCCUACAGGAAGGAGGACACGAUACCAUAUCAAGUCACGACAGGAGGAAUAAGGGAUGUACAAAUUACAGAUCCUGUAACACUACCCACACAUACACAUUUACAAGAUGAGUCACAACCUUGUGGUAAGAAAAGGAAAAUAGAUACACAAUGAACAGGAAAAAAGUAAU